AAAAACUUGCUAGCAACAUGUUCGAAAAAUAACCGUUACAACUGAAUAUGUAGGAGUCAGUGGGCAUAUUUUCUAAUACUAUAGUAAAACAUUAUGUGAAAAAAAUACUUGAAAUAUUAAGAGUUAUAUUGUAUGUGACUUUAGGUUAACUAAUUAAAAUGGGCAAAAAAGAUGCAGCGUUUGAUACGGUUCUGGAGUCGGUAGGAAAUGAUGGUCCAUUUCAAAGACGCUUUAAUUACAUGUACAAUGUCGCAUUUGCUUUAUUGGCAGUUAUGCCCUGCAUGAACAUGAUUUUGGCCAUGACCAUACCCGAACAUUGGUGUCACGUACCAGGAAGAACAAAUUACAACUACACAGAAGAAGAAUGGAAAGAAAUAACACUUCCAAAAAAUAUUAAUAAUAAAGGUCAAGCUUCCUACAGUUCUUGUGAAAUGUACAAUAUUACAGACUGGACAAACGUUCAUCCAAACCAGAACUACUCCACCAUAAAAUGCCAGCAUGGAUAUGAGUUUGACAGAACCUGGUUUGAAUUGACAAUACCGAUGCAAGAAAAUUGGGUAUGCGACAAGGAAAUGAGAGUAACAAAUUCCUUGAUAAUCGGCCGAAUAGGUGAAAUGUUUGGAGCCUUAGUCUUUGGACAAUUAGGAGAUGUAAUAGGCAGGAAACCAGUAUUUUUUCUCAGCAUGGUGUUGAUUAUCGUUGGGAAAAUAUUUAACUUAUUUCUCACUAGUUCAUAUUAUUGGUAUGUAUUUGGAUAUGUGGUGACUGCACUGCCACAGAUGUCUUUAUACCAGACUGUUCUUGUCAUAGGAAUGGAAAUAUCGACCAGUGAUGAAAACUCACACGUCGCUAUGUUGCAAGGAAUUGGGUGGACAUUUGGAAUUUGCACAAUGCCUCUUCUGAUGUGGUGGUUGAGAAAUUGGUUUGAUUUCGUUCUAGUUUCUUCAUUGCCAUUUGCAAUAUUUUUAAUUAAUAACAAAUAUAUGAUCGAAUCACCAAGAUGGCUAGCAAGCCGGGGAAAAAUGAAGAAAUGUGAAAAAACUUUACGCACAAUUGCAAAAGUUAAUGGUGCAACAUUGAACGAUGAUGCAUUAGAAAUGCUAAAAGAUUAUUCGUCUGAACCCGAACAUGUUUUUGGAAUGAUGAGUUUGUUCACAAGCUGGACACUCGCCAAGAACACAAUAAUGUUAUUGAUAUGCUGGGUCGUUUGCGGUUUAAGUUACUUCUUACUGUACUUAAAUGUAAGUAAUAUGGAUGGAAAUCCGUUUCUGAACUAUUUGUAUCAAGGAUUUGCAGAACUUCCAGCUUAUCCAGUUGGAAAAUUUGCAACAAACAAUAUUGGAAGAAGAUGGACUGCAUGCAUGGCAUUUUUUUUAGCAUUGUGCACAACUUUACCACUUAUCUACACAUCAACAGAUCCAUCAUUGCACAUAUUCACAAGUAUAUUUGCAGCAAUCAUCAAAUUUUGUGUUAGUGUUUCCUUCUACGUUUUAAUGGUUCAAGGAGUUGAAGUAUAUCCAACAUGCCUGAGACAGACAGGAGUAGCCCUUGGUGUAAUUUUAGGAAACGCAUCCAGUAUUUUGGGUCCUUAUAUUUCAUAUUUGGGUACCACAUAUGAUGUACGAUAUCCGUAUUUGUUUAUAUCACUUAUGAUGUUUUCGGGGUUGGUGGCCGAGCUACUAUUACCUGAGACCUUACACCAAAAGUUACCAGACACUUUGGCGGAGGCACAAAUUUUUGGAAAGUCGCAGAAAUUUUGGGCGUUUCCAAGAAAAAAUACAUAUAAGUCUGAAGAAGAAAAAACUCCACAAAAGAGCUGA